AUGGAGACACGCAGUGCAAGUAAGCAAAGAAAUUUCGCAAAAAAUGAUACUAGCAGAAAAUCUAGAAAGAAACCGCUUCCGGAGCCAACGCAUGUUGGUCAUUUCAUUUCGAUACUGAUAAUUUCUCUGUGUAAGAAAAUCUUACACAUAGACACAGAGGUGAAAAUUGGAAUUUACCUCGGUGGUGUAUUAAUCGGAUCAGUGUUUUCGGACAUAAUUUCUCUCCCAAAAACCUACUUUUCGGAUAAGAAGAACCUUUUAAACCAAUUCUUCGUACAUUUUGGUUUCGGAUGGACAUUUCUGCUACUCACUGGAUACAUAUUUUUGACUUGUUUUGUAACUUACAGCGGAAACUGGAAACCUGUGAUCAGGAAACAUUUGACUAGACUAGUUAUAACAACCUUUUGGUGGUAUGCUAUGACAAACACAUUCAGCUACAUUGAUAAAGUGGUUGGUGUUUGUUCCUUGUCAAGCCAUAAGAAAAAAUAUGACUGCUUGAAAGCUGGAAGAUCCUGGCUAGGGUUUGACAUUUCGGGGCACGUAUUUUUAUUGAUACACAACCUGCUGACGAUAUCAGAAGAAGUAAAAAGCUUCAAGAACUGGACUAAGCUUGGUGCUAUGUUGAAGGAAGAAGAUCUACCUUCUAAGAAGAACCUUAGUGAACUGCAGAUAUCCCAAGCAAGGAUAUUUUACAGAAAUCUGACUCCUGUUAUCAAGAUAAUUAUUGUGCUUCUUGCCCUAUGGACUCUCUUCUGUGAAAUCAUGCUUGUAACGUCAGUUGUGUACAGAUUCCACACUAUGACUCAAAAAAUAGCUGCUGCCGUUGUGUCUGUUGUAUGUUGGUUCAUUACAUAUCGAGUGAUUUUAGAAUCAAAGGUUGAUGUGUUCCCUGUUCAACCAGGUCAAAGUCCAUUAAAUUAUAUGAAACUAAAGUAAAAUUGACCUUUUUUGGCGAUUUGUUUAUGCACCAGUCAGUUAUAACCAAGGCGCCAUGUCCAGGGACAGCUGGGGAAAUGGGAAUGUGUUUUUACCUUCAAGGUGGCUGAAUGAAUGCGGUGGUUUUGUUUUCAUGCCGAAUUGUGGGAUAUGCGCUGUGGCUUUGUUCCGGGAAAAAUCCAUUCUUUUGUAUGCGUUUUACGUGAUCUCAUAAGAUAUGCGCAUAUGCUUUAAAAAUGUACACUAUAAUAUGCCUUACCUAGGAUGUCCCUGGGGUGCGGGGGGAUUUUACCAGCAGCUUGUCCCCACAGGAUGGGAAUUUUACCUGGGAUUGGCUUGACCAAAAGUCAAAGUUCCCACUAUUCUCCAGACCUUGGUUACAAUUGACUGGUGCAUUACUGGAAUGCAAAAUUAAAACAGGAUAAUUUUGCAUACAGAUUUUGUAUGAUUUUUUUUAGAAACCUUACUAAAGUGGAUCAUAAAUGUUUAAAUUUUAGUAAUAGUAAAAGGACUUGAAGUAAAUUCUUUAUGAUUAAGAUUGGCAGAGAGUGACUGCAUGGCGGUAGCAAACUUAAUGUCUCAAAAAGUUUUGCAGCAUCAGAACCCGUUUUUUGUUUUAAGCAAAGAACAAUUUUGUAUGUAUACAUAGAUUUGAGCAAACUGCAUUUUUUUUGUAUUAUUAACAUCAACGCUUUCACAGAUUGUUUUGUUCUUUAUUACAAUUUUUUUAUGCAUGCUACCUUUACCUGUGGUCUGUCUGUUAUGCAUUUUCCCAUAAACAUGAUUCUAAAAUUAGAAUGUUUCCACCCAAAAUGUUUGACUGUGAUUAUUGACAUAUAUAUAAAUUGUUCAAAAUGAUCGUCUAUUGAAAUCCAGGUCAAUGUCCAUAGGGUUUUAGCUGAAUGUUUAAAAGGACAGGGUGCUGCUGAAAAGUGAUAGGGUGCAACAGGAGAAAAUGGGCACAGGUGUUGAAGAAUAUGAACAAUUUCACAAAUAUGAUAGGAAAUAUGCUAUUAAAAUUUAGUAUUCUUAGGUUUCCAUUGCCUGUUUUAAUCAAAACAUAAGAAAUAUUUGAUAAUUUUAUGCAUAUAAUUCUAUGAAGAAGAGAGGGUGCACAUGCUGCGGUCUCCAUGAGGAAAGGGGUUGCUUCCAAAAAGGACAGGCUGCAGAACACUUCUCUAAAUCUUUAGCUAAAACCCUAGGGUAAUUUUGCAACUGUUAUAAUUAAACAUAGCAUGUAUAUAUAAAAAGUAUAUGUAACAGUGUCAUCCCUUAGACUUUAACUGAAAAGUGUACUAUGAUUUGAUAGUUGUUUUGUGCAAUAAUUUUACAUUCAUCAGGUAUAUACUGAUUUUAAAUGACAUUUUGGUACAAUAUGCUACAGGUAUUUAACAAAUAAUCUGCCAUUUGAGCGUUAGUUUAGUUACAAAGAGAAGGUAGUACUUGAGACUGUCAUAUAUACAUGAACAAGAGUGACCACAGCAAUAUGUGCAGUUGGAUCAAAAUUCAUGGGAAUUCCCCCAACCCCCCAGGGGAAAACGUAUGUUUGCUUGUAAAUGUUAUUCAGUAUUAGAUGCACAAUAGAUAUGUAUUGAUGUUGUGAUGUGUUGGUAUUUAUACACUAUUGUCUACAUUUAUUUUCCUGCAUUUCUUUGCUCCACGUGUAACUUUAAUCCAGGUUUUCCAUUUCUUUUUGGGAUUUAAUAAAGAGAGGAUUAAUUAA